GUUUCGCCGUGUCGACACGAGAAUGAUGAUGUUCCUUGUGUGCUUACUUAUUUUGCGUUCUUAGAGGUGAUACGACAUUGUUUCGUUCUUACGUUUCUUUGUCCCGGAAAUGACUUGGAUAAGAACGUAUUUGGAGUACUAACGCAAUUCAUUUCCCGGCCGUAAACGGUUUGUUGAUAUACUUUAUUCAAAACUCGUGAGAGCGUCACUUAAGUUGAAUGCUAACGUUAGCAUCGCACACGUUUUAUUUCGAAUCGGUGACGUAAUAAAGGAGGCGCCAACGCUUCUAAGACGUUGCCGCUCUUUUAUCCGUGGUUUAAAACGUAAAUCUGAAAAGCUCGAAUCUUAUUACGUCCGCGACCGUGAAGAAAAGUGGUUUACUCCGCCUCAUUGGUUACAUUUGACGCCUGACGACCGAAAGCUGACAACCAAAAGAUCUGAACGAUGUCCAAUAAAAAAACGUGUCAGAAACUAUGUGAAAACCCCCCUCCACCAGAUGUCAUUAACCACAAGAGGCCAGGACGUUUGACCAAUCAGCUUCAAUAUCUUGAGAAGGUGGUGGUCAAGGCUUUAUGGAGGCAUCAGUUUUCCUGGCCUUUCCGGCAGCCUGUUGAUGCGGUGCAACUGUGUCUUCCAGAUUACUAUACGAUUAUCCAUAAUCCAAUGGAUCUUGGCACCAUCCAGAAACGUCUCCAAAAUAGGUUUUACUGGUCAGCGCAGGAGUGUAUCCAAGACUUCAACACAAUGUUUACCAACUGUUAUAUGUACAAUCGUCCAGGAGAUGACAUAGUUUUCAUGGCACAGACCUUGGAGAAGAUAUUUCUGUAUAAAGUUGCAGAGAUGUCAAAAGAAGAACUGGAAGUUACAUUUGAUUCAAAAGACAACACAAGAAGCAAGAAAACAAACAAUGAUAUGGUGAAGAAGAAGCCCUGUGUGUCAGAGGUUGUUCUCCAGCAAACUCUCACCGUUAUUUCUUCUAAUGCACCUUAUACCAUGUCCCCUAUCUGCGUGACACCACAGCUUGAUACAGCAAUUAAAAAGGACCUCAAGAUCGAUGCAGACCAACAGUCACCCCCUAAUCCUACCUCAUCACACACUAACAAUGAGGGGAGAAAGCAACCCACAGUACCUUGCACGUUGGUAUCCCGAAAAGGCAGCACCAGACCCAUCAAACGCCCUGUAAGAGACUUGCCUGACUUUGAAAACAAGAGGGCAAAACUUUCCAAACAGCUCACUUACUGCAGUGACAUCCUGAAGGAGAUGUUCUCAAAAAGACAUUUUGUUUAUGCAUGGCCUUUCUAUAACCCAGUUGAUGCAGUUGCUUUGGGGUUGCAUGACUAUCAUGACAUUAUUAAAGAGCCCAUGGAUCUCAGCAACAUUAAGAAGAAAAUGGACCAGCGGAAGUACAUGAAUGCCAAAGAGUUUGCUGCUGAUGUCAGACUGAUGUUCUCCAACUGCUACAAAUAUAAUCCACCUUCUCAUGAAGUUGUUUACAUGGCCAGGAAACUGCAGGAAGUUUUUGAGGCUCGGUUCAUGAAGAUUCCACAAGAGUCAGUGGCUACCGAUGUUGUACCAUGUCAAAAAAUUGUCAUGGUGAAGAAAGGAUGUAAAAGUUCUCCAUCUGACAGUGAGAGCUCCUCUGGUCAGCAAAGUUCAUCAGAAGAGGUUGUCCAACAGUUGGCCGACCUAGAGGAGCAGUUGAAAGCUGUCAGCAAUCAGCUUAAAAGGCUCUCUCAAGACCCCUUGCUGAAACCAAAGAAGAAGAAAAAAUUGAAAAAGGAAAAGAAACGAAAAGAAAAGGACAUUGCUCGACUAAAGCACAAGUCAUUAAAAUGCAAAUCUGUUCAAAAUCUGACUCGCACAAGCAGUAUCCUGCAUGGGACUGGGGUUCACGUACCACAUCUGAAAUGUAACCUUCAAGGUCCGUCAGCAUCAAUGACGUUUCAUGAAAUAAAGGGGCUACAAUCAGAUGUGAAAAAGCUGACUGGUGAAAAACUUGUCAAGAUAUUCGACAUCAUUCGUGCCAGGGAGCCCGGAUUAGAAAUCUGUGAUCCAGAGGAGGUCGAGAUCGACUUUGGAACUCUGAAGCCAUCAACGCUGCAAGCAUUAAAGAAGUAUGUUAAAGCCUCGAAAAAAAUCAAGAAAGUCAGCAUAAACAUUCGGAAGAACCCAGAGGUGAAAACUGAAAAUAUGAAGAACUCUGUGAAACAGCAGGCUCAAGAACAGAAAAUGAACAAGCCAUUAGUGAAACCAGUGGCUUUGCCUUCACUUCAUGUGCCGUGCCUCAGUGAAAGUGGCAGCAGCUCAUCAGACGAUUCUUCUAGUGAGAGUGAUUCAGAUGUGAAAGCAAAGUCACACAGUGGUCAAGUGCCUGUAAAGCCAACUGAGAAUUCAGCAGCCUUGAGAAAAGGGAUGAUUCAAAGUAAUUUAUUGGUUCAUCCACCUCCUGCUGUUCAGUCGUCACAACCAGCCAGAACUCCUUCACACAGCUUUGACCACAACACCACAUUGCCUCCAGAUUUGUCUGCCCUGUUGUCUCCGAUGACAUCACCCAGAAAUAUAAUGGAUGCCACCAGAUUUGAGGGUUCCCUGCUUUCUCCUCUGAGCGACAGUCCAGAUCAGUCUCAAGACAUCAGACUGUUGAAUUUCAGUACCUCUAAACACCAUCUUAAUAAUCAGGCUUUCUUCCCUCACCCCAACUCUGGGGAAGGAUCUGAUGAACAAGUCCCCCAGUCUGCCAAGAAGGACAUCGUUUUGAAAAAUGCUGAGUCUUGGGCUAAAUUAGUGAGAGAGUCUGUCACCGCAGCAACAAUUAAGUCCUCCAACCAGAGUUUCCAGCUAUUUCGUCGGGCUGCCAUGGAAAAAGAGGAGCGUGAAAAGGCCCUAAAAAAGAAACAGCUGGAGGACAACAGACAGGUUGUGGCCACAGAAGAUAGUGUUCUCAACCAAGCGGAUUCCCAUCCUCCCAAACGUGAACAGAGUCCAGGGGGGCUGUUCUCAGAAGCCACCACAGAUGUUUCUAAAGAUGAGGAGCAUAAAUCUCCUGAUGAGACUGUGCAUCACAUCAUGCGGUCCCCACUGGAACAGGAGCGAGAGGUGGCACGAAAGAGAGAGCAAGAACGACGAAGACGAGAGGCUCUGUGUGGCUUUGACAUGACGAUGCAGCAGGACAUCAUGGCCACUUUUGAGCUUUUCCUGGACUGAAAAAUAAUUAAACGCCCAAAGGACCAUUCAAAUGGAGUUUCCUUGGUCAAUAUCCAGAGUUCUUCAAUGACAAAUUCAUGGGGGACUUCCACUUAAAUGUCACUUGUUGAACAUGUUUUUCAUCAAAGAUGAUCCACAAUUUGAGUUCUCCACUGUUCUGGGAUCACUGGAUGAAAAUGGCCCUCCUCCCUCGACUGCUUGCAGCUGAGGCACGCUCGCUGUGUUCUAAUAUCCCUCUUGUCCACAAGGUUGCUCAAAGGGCAGUGGUCUCGGUCUCUCCUUUUUUGUUCAAACGUUUGCCCUUUCUAAGAGUUGGUGUUUCACUUGUUGUUGCCACAUAUGUUGCCUUUUCAGCUUGUUAUUAUAUUGGUUCAGAUCAUUUAUUUGAUCUAAUUGCUUCACCACUGCCUGUUGUUGUAUAUUUGUGCACUGCACGGUUAUGCUGCCACGGCUGAUCCAGCGUCGCUCUUGGAUGUGAAGCGGCAUA